AUGACCGAAAGGUUUGAAGACUCGUCAUUCGUGGUUAUCACAGGCCCACCACAACAAGACAAGAAAAAGAGAAUUAGUCAUGUACGCUCGCACAUUAGAAAGAGCCACCUCCGACUGCAGUCUCGUCACGGACAGAGACAGACGCAGCAAAAGUUGUCACUGGUUCACAACGAACUAGCACUGGGCUCUCCGCCACGACAACUGACACAGCUUAUGGAUUUGCCAUGGUUGCCCGUCUCAGACGCCGUAUGUCAACGGCUAAAACGUUUUUUCCAACAAUAUAUCGAGACAAGCACCUAUUUACACCCAUUUUUCCGCUCUAUGAUUUCGGCUAUGGUGGUUCAUGAACCGUUCAUGAGUGCCAAGCUUGUGACAGCAACUACUUGGGACGAUCUCAAUGGACCUAAAUGCGAGAUAAGUGACUUGACUCUAUUUCAAAGAGACAUUUCCGAGAAGAUUUUAUUUGAUACAACCGCGGACCCAAGAACAGCUGGCAGUGAUAUGAAUAUUGUUGCAACACUCACCCUUCUAACAUUUGAGGUGCACGGUCUUGUCAAUUGUAACCAUGAAGCAUAUGUACGAUAUAAAAACAAACUUUUGAAUAUGAUCGAUAGCAGAGGUGGCUUGGAUAUGCUUGGAUUUGAUGGGAACCUGAAAGUCACCGUCUUAUUGAUCAAUCAGCUCGAGAAGGUAGCCAGGGGACUUUCCGAAUUAGUUCCCAGCUUGGAACCUCUCUCUGAAUGGAAAGUUAAUAAAUAUGAAGUUCAUUUCCCGCAACCGGCCGAUUUCAGGAUCUUCACAUUUGAGAGAGGCGAAAAAGAUUUCUGGGAACAGAAAAUUAGCAUAUCCACCAUUCGCCUGCUUAGUGAUUUCUUCCAGAUUGUUGGCAUGUGCAUCCGAUAUCAACAAUUGUCUGGUAACCGUAUUGAGCAGCAAGAAAUGUUCACUCAGUGGCAUUUCCUUCGAAGAAGUCUUGUUUCGCUCAAGUCAAUGCCAUUCCGUUAUGGGACAGGCAUAGAUCGUAUUUUGGUCCACGCCAUUGUUCUAUUUGUUUCAAACGAUAACAAUCUCGAUGACUCUACUAAUGAGCUGCGGUCACUUUUAUGGGAAUCCAACGUCGAUGCUUACUAUGGGCCUUUGCCGGGUGCCCUGAUCUGGUGUUUAGCUGUUGGCGCAAGAAAAAGUCCGCCAGGGCCUGUUUGCAAAUGGUUCCUUAUGCAGCUCACACGGACGACGUGUCCAUCAGCUCUAAGUGACUUUGUCGACCCUAUGAUGUUUUUGCUUGUCGACGUUGAUAUUCGCAGCCUCGGAAAAAUGACGAAUUCCAUUGUUUUGCUCAAAGCACUGCUGGCGCUCCUACCUGUUAAUGGAGCGCAAGCCGGCCUAAUAAAUUACCCUCCUUUGCCAAAAGAUCUCACCACCCCCUACCAGCAACGGCUCGCAGUUUAUGGACCUCAAGCCGUCUCUGUUGGAUGGAAUACAUAUGCGUACCAAUCUCAGAGCUGUGUUGAAUAUGGCACUUCUAGCGACGACCUCGACUCUAAGGUCUGCUCAACUGUCAAUUCCACUACAUAUCCAACCUCACGCACCUACUCCAACACUGUGAUAUUGGCAGACUUGACCCCAGCGACUACCUACUACUAUAAGAUUGUCUCUACGAACUCUACUGUUGGGCACUUCUUGAGUCCCCGGACUCCUGGAGAUCAGACACCGUUCAAUCUCAGCGUUGUCAUUGAUCUAGGCGUUUAUGGUGCGGACGGGUAUACUGUAGAUUCAAAGAGAAAGAAGGACACAAUUCCUACCAUCCUUCCAGAGCUAAACCACACUACCAUUGGUCGCCUUGCAGCGACAGUUGACAACUAUGAGAUCAUUUUGCACCCUGGUGAUUUCGCCUAUGCUGACGAUUUCUACGAGAAACCCCAUAAUAUCCUCGAUGGCAAGGACGCCUAUCAGGCCAUACUUGAGCAGUUCUACGAUCAACUUGCCCCCAUUUCCGGACGCAAACUCUAUAUGACGAGCCCCGGAAACCACGAAGCGGAUUGUACCGAGAUCCCCUACACUUCGGGGUUAUGCCCAGAAGGUCAGAGGAAUUUUACGGACUUCAUGCAUCGAUUUAGACAGACCAUGCCCAACUCAUUUAAGUCAAGCUCUUCCAACACUACUCUGCAGUCAAUGGCUGAUACAGCCAAAAGCCUCUCCAAGCCACCCUUCUGGUACUCCUUUGAAUAUGGCAUGGUUCACGUUACCAUGAUUGACACUGAGACCGACUUUCCGGAUGCACCUGACGGUCAAAACGGGUCGGCCGGGCUUGACAGCGGCCCCUUUGGUAAAAAGCAUCAGCAACUAAGCUUUCUCGAAGCUGAUCUUGCAAGCGUCGACCGCAGCGUAACUCCCUGGGUUAUAGUCGCCGGACAUCGACCAUGGUACACAACCGGGUCAAGUUCGUCGAGUUGCACCUCUUGCCAAGCCGCUUUUGAAGAGUUGUUCUAUACCUAUGGUGUUGAUCUUGGCAUAUUCGGACAUGUCCACAACUCUCAGCGUUUCCUCCCUGUUUAUAAUAAUACCGCUGACCCCAACGGAAUGAAUAACCCGAGGGCGCCUAUGUAUAUCAUCGCUGGGGGUGCGGGUAACAUUGAGGGCUUGAGCGCAGUAGGUUCUGCACCGCCUUAUAAUGCAUUUGUAUAUGCAGAUGAUUAUAGUUACAGCACACUGAACUUUUUGGAUGGAAACAAUCUACGGGUCGAGUUUCUUCGGUCUUCAACGGGCGAGGUAUUGGAUUCGAGUACCUUGUACAAAGCUCAUUAG